CCCUCUUCGUACACGUCACCCGGAUAAAGAAGGGUGUAUAAUUGAAUUUGUAGAGCGUUGAGUCCCCCCUUCAUCGAGUUUGGUUCUUGUUCUUUGCGUGGUUUUCGUUUCCCUUUUUGCAUUUGUUGUUUUUCUGUCAUCAUCUUAAGUAAAUGAUCAUCGUCCUGCUACUCCACCUGCUUCUGCAACGAGAAAAUACUUCCAUCCGAAUUUCCGGAAAUCAUGCCGGCCCAGAUGCCCACGUUCUCCAGAGACCAGGUUGAGAAGUAUUUUGCUCGGAUCAGGCUUCCCUCGAAGUAUCAAAAGUUCGAUGUUGCACAAGACAGUAAUGCAGACGCACUCGCGUUCUUGAGCGUUCUCCAGAAAUACCAUCUGUCAGAAGUUCCGUUUGAGAAUCUCAGCAUCCACUAUUCUCCGCAUCGGCAUGUCUCCAUUCACGCCGACGAGCUCUACAAGAAGAUUGUAGAGAGCGAUGGGCGAGGUGGGUACUGCAUGGAGAAUAACCGCAUUUUCGGGAUAUUGCUCAAAUCCCUCGGGUUCAAGCUCUACUCUGCGGGAGCGCGUGUGAAUGAGGGACAUGGUUACACUGGCUGGGGCCAUAUGAUCAACCUGGUCUCAAUCGGCGAGGACAAAUAUAUGGUGGAUGUCGGGUUUGGCCCAAAUGGCGCUCUACAACCUCUUAAAUUGGAUCGAUCAGGACUCGAAUAUCCACACAUAACUCCGGGCUCAAUCCGGCUCUCGUGGAGAAGCAUCAAAGAGAACACCGAUCCGGACCAGCGACUCUGGAUAUACGAGCACCGCAUCAACGACAACGUCGAUUUCGGAGAGGUCUAUUGCUUCAGCGAACUGGAAUUCCUGCCAUGCGAUUACGCAGUCAUGAAUUACCAUACUAGCACUGGCGCCGAGUCCUUCUUCACGCAUGUGAUCAUCUGUGCUAAACACGUGCUUGGUGGAGACGAUGACGAGGAAAUUGUCGGAGCGGUGAUAAUCCACAAGAACGGCCUCAAGUGGAGAAUGCUAGGGAAGAACGAACGUGAACAGACGUUUGAGACAGAGGCAGACCGUCUCAAGGCAUUGGAGGACGUGUUUAGGAUCAAGUUAAGUCCGGCGGAGCGAGAUGGCAUUCGAGCACGGGUGACUGAGAUCAGGAGCUCGAUGGAUUUCUGAUCUGUGUAGUAGCAAGGAAGGCCUGUCUCGUGAAGUUCUGCUAGUAGUAUACAGCCCCUCAUAUAUUUGUAUACACCUCUUGCCACUACUUGAGAAACGUCAAUGUCCUGAUGUCGAUUUGGAACGACGGGUCAACAUAAGUCUAUGUACACAUCCCUGCGGCUGAUCGAGGUAGC